AUGCGCUUUCGCACUCUCGAAAUUCGUUGGCACGAUAGCAAACCCAUUUCAACUUGUGACUUUCAACCUGUUUCCUACAAAAAAGCGCGUCCAGGACCGAAACAAGAGCGCAAUUAUGCGGGACAGUCAUAUCGUCUUGUUACUGGUGGUGAAGAUAACCACGUUAUGGUUUGGAUGGUACAUCCAAAUAUAAGGCCAACUUGCAUACCCGAUAGCGAAAUUGUUCCAAGACCGCCGCGUAUUGAAUACCUAUCGACUUUGAGCAGACAUUCAGCUGCUGUGAAUGUUGUGCGGUUCUCGCCGAAUGGAGAACUAAUUGCUUCUGCUGGCGAUGACGGUAUGAUCAUAAUUUGGGCGCCUUCAGCGCACCCAGCAGCGAGCACCUACGGGAGCGAUCUCAGCCCUGAAGAGCUUCAACUUGAGAAAGAGCAUUGGAAACCACGUAUUACGUUCAGGUGUACUACCAUGCAAGUCUACGAUCUCGCUUGGAGUCCUUCAGGCGAAUAUAUACUAGCAGGGAGCACUGACAACGCCGCUCGCGUUUUUGCGGCUGCUGAUGGCAAAUGUGUGCACGAAAUUGCUGAACAUAGUCACUAUGUGCAAGGCGUCGCUUGGGAUCCUCUCAACGAGUAUAUAGCUACUCAGAGCAGUGACCGCUCAAUGCAUAUAUAUCGGAUCUCCACGAAACAGGGAACUUUCGAGGCCCAUGCCGUCGGUCGCAAUACACGACUACCGCACCAACGCCACAGCAGAACUCCAAGUUCCCAUGGUCAUAGUAGCAGCAGACCUCGUAUGUUCCGUCGGGAGUCUACCGCCAGUGACGCCGAAUCGGUUGCCAGCGAAUAUCUGAAGGAUGAUGUCCCAAUGGCUUCUAGCUCGAGCCAAUAUUCUAAAGAUGCAACCCCGUUGACUCCAGCGACGUCCGUUGCGAGCAUGCCGUCUACUUCCAUGUUUCCACCUCCCCCUAUCGAUAAACCAUCUUCUCGAAGAUCGUCAUUUAGUAGCACGAAUGCUCCUGGCUCCCCAUCGACAUUCAGUAGAUAUGGGCGUUCCCCAUCGCCGAUGCCGGCUCUUCCUGCCAUUCGCACUUUGCCCUCAGCAGCAGCAUGGUCACAAGUGAAACUAUACGGCGACGAAAGCUUCACGAAUUUCUUCCGUCGUCUCACGUUCAGCCCGGACGGUGGUCUGCUUCUAACACCGGCAGGCCAGUUUGAAGACCCCUCUGUCACACCAGGAUCUUCGAAGGGGGCUAAUGGUGACGAACACGGCACUCCUUCAAGAGGUCGUAGAAGUCGACAAUCCGCGAGCACCGCCGACCUACCGCCUGCCGGCUCAUCCUCGUCCUCUGUCUACAUCUACAACCGCGCCAAUUUUGCUCGCCCGCCAAUUGCUCAACUUCCUGGCCAUAAAAAGGCUAGCGUCGCAGUCAAAUUCAAUCCCAUACUUUUCGAUCUUCGCCAAGGGGUUGCUGGUGAGCCCGCCGCGGAGGUAAAAUCUGGCGUAUUGGAGAAAGGCCAAGAUGGCGUCCUGGAUAUCGACAUCGGGGCCAUGUCCACGGAGUCAGUUCAACAGCAGCAACAACAACAACAAACUAUGAUGACUCCAAGCUUAACACCUCAAAGGACGCCUUCAGCGCCUCCACACACUCAGUUGCAUCCAUCCAUAGUAGCACCCGCACCAUUGCUUGCAGGAGCUGGCUCGAAUUUCCUUCUUGCUUCGCCUGCAAUCUCGCCCGUUGAUCUGCGACCACCGACGCCCGCCGCAUCAAAACCUUCUACACCAAUUCGUGCUCAGACCCCAUCCCAUACCCCUUCCAAUGUUGCCACUAGUUCCGUGUUCGCUCUGCCCUAUCGAAUGCUCUUUGCUGUCGCCACCAUGGAUUCCGUAGCUAUCUAUGAUACCCAGCAAGCCGGGCCGAUAUGUUUAUUGACGAAGCUGCAUUAUGAUGAAUUCACGGACUUAUCCUGGUCACCUGAUGGGCAAUGCCUCAUUCUUUCUUCCCGCGAUGGCUAUUGUACACUGGUCAUUUUCGACGAGAUCCUCCAAGCGCAUCAUACGCAGCAAGCAACCCUUCAAGUCCAAUCUAUUGCGCAUCACAAUGCCGUCCCCCUUAUAACGUCUAGCAACUCUUCGCACACAACCCAUUCCGUCGCUAGCACACCGAUAGCUACGCCGUCAUCAACACAUACGAGUCUCCCUCACGUUGUUACUCCUACAAUACCUGCUAAGAGGAAUGAGCCCCCAUUGACACCUGCCAGCAUCGACGGAGAUCUUCCAACCUCUUCAGCGCUAUUCCAACUUGCUUCUUCGAGUAAAACAAGUGAACCCGAAGGCGUAACCGAGAAGCGAGACGAAGAGCAGGACAAAGUUCAAGGCCCUCCAAAGAAGAAACGCAGAGUUGCCCUCACGAGGGUGGGCGAUCUCGACUGA